AUGACCGCAACCAAGGGGGACCCCGCUCUGUUGGAUUGCCCAUGGCCGUGUGUCCGUGUGUCCGUGUGUCCGUGUGUCCGUGUGUCCGUGUGUCCGUGUGUCCGUGUGUCCGUGUGUCCGUGUGUCCGUGUGUCCGUGUGUCCGUGUGUCCGUGUGUCCGUGUGUCCGUGUGUCCGUGUGUCCGUGUGUCCGUGUGUCCGUGUGUCCGUGUGUCCGUGUGUCCGUGUGUCCGUGUGGCCAUGUGUCCGUGUGUCCGUGUGUCCGUGUGUGCGUGUGUCCGUGUGUGGCCGUGUGUCCAUGUGUCCGUGUGGCCGUGUGUCCGUGUGUCCGUGUGUCCGUGUAUCCGUGUGGCCGUGUGGCCAUGUGGCCAUGUGGCCAUGUGGCCGUGUGGCCGUGUGGCCGUGUGGCCAUGUGGCCGUGUGUUGA